GGAGUGACGCUGUCAUCACGUGUUUGUGGCUGUUUGUUUUGAUGUCUUUGGUUUACGUUUUUGGCUUUCCUCUUAUUGCGAGAACCAGCGUCGAUUUCGUGGUUUAGCAGCGUUUUGAGGUAAUAAGUUUGAUAUAUUAGCAGCAUGGCUGAGGGUGCAGAGGGUGACGUUGAAGACCCGCCCACGAUCAGGUUCCCUCCGCUCAUCACCGUGUCUGAUCUGCCGAGCGGCACUGCUGCAGGCCGUAACCUUAAGGAAUGGCUGCAGGAACAGUUCUGCGACAAGCCUCUGGAGCAAGAUGACAUGAGGCUCCACAAUGCAGCGUAUGUUGGAGAUUUGGACACUCUGAGGAACCUGUUGCAGGAAGACAGCUUCAGACGGCGUAUCAAUGAGAAGUCUGUGUGGUGUUGUGGCUGCCUACCCUGCACCCCUCUACGCAUUGCUGCCACGGCAGGACAUGCCGCCUGUGUGGCAUAUCUGAUCGCUCAGGGAGCCGACGUUGAUCUAGUUGAUGUCAAAGGCCAAACAGCUCUCUAUGUGGCAGUGGUCAACGGCCACCUGGACUGUGUUCGGAUCCUCCUUGAAGCUGGGGCAGACCCAAACGGAAGCCGACAUCACCGCAGCACCCCGCUGUACCACGCCGCACGGGUGGGAAGGCUCGAUAUCUUGCAAGAACUAAUCAGGUUCAACGCUGACGUAGACAUGGACCACCAGCUGGGCCCUCGGCUCCUCUUCAGUGCUCGCACCCUCAACACUCUGGUGGUGUGUCCUCUCUACAUUAGCGCUGCCUACCACCACCUGCACUGCUUCAGACUGCUGCUGCAGGCUGGAGCUCAGCCCGACUUCAACUACACAGGCCCGGUUUGCCACGAGGCUCUGACCCGAGGUCUGGCCUCCUGUCUGCUAGAUGCUGUGCUACGACAUGGAUGUGAGGUAGCCUUCGUCCACCUGCUGCUGGACCACGGGGCAAACCCGGCCCUCGUACCCUGGAACGAGACACAGCUGGAUGCUGCUAACCGGAGGAAAGUGGACCCAGAGGCACUCAGGGUGUUUCUGGAGGCGAGGAGAUGCCCUCGCAGCCUGACGCACCUGUGUCGGAUCAGGAUCCGCAGAACUAUGGGCAAAAGCCGUCUCAACCACAUAUCCUCGUUACCACUGCCACAACCCAUGAAAAGCUUUCUUCUCCACCAAAACUGACAACCAUCCACUUUAGCUCGUCUACAGACCUGAGCAAUUCCAAACCUGGAAGAAACCCUUUUAAUUUCAACAUCAGGUCUCAGUAUAGAAUGUUUUGUGAACCCCAAUUUGCAAAUGGAUUUUCAUUUUGUAAUGAAUUGUUGAUUGUAUUUAUUUAUUUGUUAAAAUUAAUUGACCAAUCAAUGACAAUUUACCAAAAUGCUGAGGAACUGCACUGUACGUCCUGAGUUGUGUUAAAC